AUUAGCAAAACGUCGGAAGUACGUUUUCUUGUAUUUAUUUCAUUUUGCCGAUACGACAUAAAAUUUUUUUUUCGAUUAUGCGAGUUUUUGACUGUCUGCAGCGAUUUUACAUUGCAGAAGGCUUUUCUCAUUGAAUAGUAUGUUACAAAUUGAUGGAUGAACUUUGUGCCAAUGCACCGAAGAACAACAGAAACUGCUUAAUCUGGUGACAAAGGAUUUCGAUUACAAUAGUAGAUUUAUGUCCAGGUGAAACAAAACAGAUUUUUUAUCAAUACAACAUUGCCUCCUAAAUAUCGAACAUAAUAAGUAUGGUCUGGUUAGAAUCAUGCUGGUCUCCGUGUAUAUGGACAAAUUCAGUGAAAACGGGCAGUUAUGCCGUAGCAGCAUACACCGUUGCUAUGUGUGUGGUCUUGAUCACAAUGACUACCUAUAUGCUAACCGGAGGAGAUUCAUCUCAAUUAUACAGCCCGCUGUUUGAAACGGACAUUCGCGAUUCAAUGCAGGUUGUUGGAGGAUUCUUUAUCGCAUACUUCAUCUUGUUGAUUCUUUCCGCCGUCGGAAUAUGCUAUUCGCUGAAAACAACCACGCGAGGAUGGAUGCUGCCAUGGUUGACGCUUUUUGGAGUGGCAAUUCUGUUCCAAUUCGUAUUCGGGCUAUGGUUGAUCGGUGGAUACUACAUUUAUCUACAACAAACAUUCUCCAGCUUGAUUUUGUGGGUCUGGAUGGCAUAUAAUAUUUACUGUUGGAUGUGUGUUUAUUCACAGUACCAAAUAUUCGUUGACAUGCAAUCACCCAACAUCGAGCUUUUGAUGCCUUAAAAAUGUGAGAAAUGAGCUUUUGAUGCCUUAAAAAUGUGAGAAAUGAAGGAUGAUAUUCCAGUAACUAUAGAAGUAGUUUUUUAAAGUACAAUUUUACACAUUUUUAAAAAUCGACUUUUGAGAGCAUUUGUUGUACGGCAUUGAAAAGCCGUACAUAUAUUUUAUAAGAUUAUUACAAACACCACGACUCUAUCAUUACAAUUUAGAAAAAAUGUAAAUGCAAACUUUACCGUCCACAAAAUAUAAAAAGCGUUGCAUUUUUCACAA